AGCAUGAUGAAUGUCUCACAAAUCAACACAACUGUGAUGAAAAUGCAUUGUGUUUCAAUACUGUUGGAGGACAUAACUGUAUUUGCAAACCAGGUUAUACUGGAAAUGGCACCGUAUGCAAAGCCUUUUGCAAGGAUGGUUGUAGAAAUGGUGGAGCUUGCAUUGCCUCCAAUGUCUGUGCCUGUCCACAGGGAUUUACGGGUUCAAGCUGUGAAACUGAUAUUGAUGAAUGUUCAGAUGGCUUUGUUCAAUGUGACAGCCGUGCCACCUGUAUUAACCUACCUGGAUGGUACCACUGUGAGUGCAGGGAUGGUUACCACGAUAAUGGCAUGUUUUCACCUAGUGGAGAAUCAUGUGAAGAUAUUGAUGAAUGUGGAACUGGGAGGCACAGCUGUGCCAAUGACACAAUUUGUUUUAAUUUGGAUGGUGGCUAUGAUUGUCGAUGCCCACAUGGGAAGAACUGCACAGGAGACUGUAUCCAUGAAGGCAAGAUCAAACACAGUGGACAAAUCUGGGUGUUGGAAAAUGAUAGAUGCUCCGUUUGCUCUUGCCAAAGUGGCUAUGUAAUGUGCCGGCGAAUGGUCUGUGACUGUGAAAAUCCCACUGUUGAUUUAUUCUGCUGCCCUGAAUGUGAUCCAAGACUGAGCAGUCAGUGUUUACAUCAAAGUGGGGAGAUCGUAUACAAUAGUGGCGAUACAUGGGUUCAAAACUGUCAACAGUGCCGAUGUUUGCAGGGGGAGGUUGACUGUUGGCCUUUGUCUUGUCCAGAGAUGGACUGUGAAUUCAGCAUACUCCCUGAGAAUGAGUGUUGCCCACAUUGUGUCACUGACCCUUGUCAAGCAGACACCAUGAAGAAUGAUAUCACCAAGACCUGUCUGGAUGAAACUAAUGUAGUCCGAUUCACUGGAUCAUCCUGGAUUAAGCAUGGCACAGAAUGCACUCUCUGCCAAUGCAAGAAUGGGCAUAUUUGCUGUUCUGUGGAUCCACAGUGUCUGCAGGAACUGUGAAACAGUGUUGUAAUCCUGGGCAAUUUAUGUUAAAGAACAUUCCUUCACUAAGGACUUACAGACCAAAAAUGAAAAAGCCAAAACUGGAACAAGAUUGAUUUGAUCUAAUUAAAGUAUAGAAAUGCUAUGAAUUGAAUGAGUUGUCUGUUUCCUCAGUCUGAAUGAAAUGUGUAUGACUAGGAACGAGUUCAGAUGUACAAACCUAUGUUUUGAUGUGAGGUUCAAGUUCUGGUUCAUGUUUGUGUUUGACAUCAUUAUGUAAAAUACUGGACUACCAAAAUAUAUAUAUAUAUAUAUAUGACAUGCACAUAAAGAUGUCAAAAGCCUCAAGCAGGGAAAUGCUCACUAAAGUUUUGAAACUGCACCUCAUCUAUGGCCAAAAUAUAUUUUUUAAUAUAACUACACUUGACUCUAUAUCAAUUUGUUUGAUUGGUAACUGCAAGAAUCCCCAAAGUAAUAUCUUUUGGAAACAGAAUUUUUUUUGCAACAUAUGUACAGCUCUGAAAAAAAAAGAAACCAUUGACUGUAAAAAAUAAUGCACAGCAUGAUUGCAUAAUGUUUUCUUAUGAAAAAAAUCAUCUGUAUUUCCUCAUUUGAUUGCACUUACUCCUUGAUUGAAUUUGUCCAGUAUAUAUUCCUUGUGCAAAAUUUAA